AUGAAGCAGGAGGGACGCAUCACUAAAUUGCUCAUCCAUAACGUGGAGGAGAGGGAUGCUGGGAAAUACACCUGUAAGAGUAAAGAUGCCAAGUCAACUGCUGAACUGACCGUGAAGGGUGAGACAGACCAAAUCUAUUAAUGCAGUCUCAGACAUUUUUUUAUUUUUAUGUGUGGUCUGUGAACAUGGAUAGAUUUUUGGUUAACCAUGACUUCAUUAUGAUGAAAUACAAAUUCCUGUAUAUUCCUUUGUGAUACUGUAUAUCCAGGGGAAUCUUCAUUCCAGUGUGAUAAACAAGAGAGGUUAGAUUACAUACAGUUCUAUAUCUUCCUGUGUAUCCAUGCUUUAAGUACUCUGCCCUGAAAGAGCUUUAUCCCUUACUUGUAACUUUGGUUACCUGCUUAUUGUCCUGUAAAGGGUUAGUAGAUCAGAGUCCUUGAAUAUGAAUGAACGUUAUUAGGCAAGUUCAAGUACCCGAAUGCCCUAUAAGAAUUAACCCUUUACAGGACAUUUAUGGCUGGGAUUACUGCAAUCAAAGGUUCUUGAAACCACUACGCUCAGAAUUAGUCCUCAGAUCACAGUGUUACUGCGAGUCUUUUUGUGGUUACUGUCCGCGAGUAAGUUAUGAUGCAUGUAGAAAAUGGAUCACUGUGGUCGUUAUCCUCCUGCUCAAGCUUUUCAGUGAUCCAAUGGAGCUGCCUAGUAAUCGUAUGUCUGGGGCACACAACCUGCAAUAAGUAGGCAUACCACAUUUAACUCUCCAUUUAGUCAACAAAAGCCAGUGCAAAAUGAAUGGGACCUUGCUAAGGAGGCCUGGUAAACAGUGCAUGUUCAUCACUGAUUCUUCAAUGAGCAACGAGCCAAUCAAAUGCCCUGUUGCCUGCAGCAAUGUGCCUGAGAACCAAUAAUAACAUUGUUUCACAGCGCUGCCCUGAAAGUGAAAGAAUGAACCUGAUGCUGCAUAAAAAUAGAUGUGUGUAGUCAUUGUGAAGAAGAGUACUGUAUUUCAGCUUUCAUUCCACCACAGGAAAUCCAAGGGCUACUCUGGAUAAUUGGAUUCUCUCUGUGACAGAAGCACAAGCAUAAAGCAUGACAUGGACUAGCCCGUUCUCCUUUCCACAUUCAAGUUUUACCACCACUCACCACUGUUCCUGGUUUUCCUCAGGCCUACCCCCCACUUUCAAUGAACAGCUGAGGAACAUGGAAGUUGAGGAGGGUGAGACUGUGACGCUACACUGUGAACUGUCUAAAGCAGCAGCCUCAGUCGAGUGGAAGAGGGGAGCAAAGCUAUUGAAGAAUGUAGACAAGUACCAAAUGAGGAAGAAAGAUUUACUGGUGGAAUUGAAGAUUAUCGAUGCAAAUCUGGAGGACAGUGGGGUUUACACCUGUAUUUGUGGUGAACAAAAGACCACAGCAACUGUUACAAUAAAGGGUGGGUAUAUUUAGGUUACGUUAAGUGCAAAAGUCAUGAGUUGUUUUAUGUCUUAUGGAGAUGUGGAGAAAGCUUGAAUAUUGAAUUGGGCAAAUAGGACACACAUUUGCAUUCAAUCCCAGUUGCUUACAUAAACAAAGGGAAAUGUAGGUUUCAUAUAGGUUUGACUACCCUCUCCUAUGGUGUCUUUCAGCUCGCCCUGUCACAUUUAUAGAAGAGUUAAGGAAUGUUCAGGUUGAGGAGGGCAACAAUGUGACGUUGCGCUGUGAGCUCUCUAAACCAGGGAUGUCAGUUGAAUGGAAGAGAGGAACAGAUCUUCUGCAGAACGGAGAGAAGUACCAGAUGAAACAGAAAGAUGCAACGUUAGAGCUGGUCAUCAGGAAAACCUUCCCUGAGGACAGUGGAGUCUACAGUUGCGUGUUGGAAGACCAGAAAACAUUUGCCACCAUCAUUAUCACUGGUAGGAGGAACACUUUGUAGAAAAUGUGUGUCUUCUUGACAUUCAAAAUUCACAUUGUACCACUCAAUCCCACACACUGUUGAUGUUAUGGGUUUUCACCAUUCUUCAGCCAUGCCAGUCACUUUCAAGCAGAAGUUGAAAAAUCAAGAGGCUCUAGAAGAGGGCAGCGUGAUGUUGCGUUGUGAGCUGUCUAAAUCAGGGGUCCCUGUGGUGUGGCUGAAGGGAGAGGAGCUGCUGAGGGAAGGUGAGAGGCACCAGAUGAAGCAGGAGGGCAGGACCGUGGAGAUGGUCAUCAGGAAUGUGGUCCUUCAGGACGCUGGGGAGUACAGCUGUGUCACAGCCUGCAACAUCAAGACAGCAGCUGAUAUCAAAGUUAGGGGUAUGUUCCAUACUAACGUUUAAGCCUACUCAAUACUAAUAUUUAGAUUUACUGUUUAUCCUUCUGUGGUUGUGGGCAAGUUACAAGUGUGUACUUCUGAAAAUGUCAAUGUCUUUAAAUCUUGGGUUUGGAUUAAGUACAUUUUCCAUGAAGGAUGAGAUGAAUCAUUGACCCUGCUUGUCAAAUAACAUGCCACUGAUGGAUAUAAAUCAAAGCAGUUGAGCCAGGUAAUGUUUCUCACAGUCUUAAAUAUAUGUUCUUCUCAGCUCUUCCUGUAAUAUUCACACAAGAGGUCCAGAAUGUGGAGAUUAAAGAGGGGGACAGUGGGGAGUUCUUCUGUGAGCUUUCCAAACCUGGAGCCCCAGUGGACUGGAGGAGGGGAAGAGUCAUCCUGAAGUCUGGAGACAAAUAUGAGAUGAAGCAGGAAGGACGCAUCACUAAACUCCUCAUCCAUAAUGUGGAGGAGAGUGAUGCUGGGAAAUACACCUGUAAGAGUAAAGAUGCCCAGUCAACUGCUGAACUGACCAUGAAGGGUAGGUCAGACUGAUGAUAUUGAUACACUUUGUGUAUACACUUUGUUAUAUGUUGUUCAUAUGUAGGCAACAACAAUAUACUCUAUAAACACCAAAGACAGGCUUUUUACAUGCCCUUUGGAUUUGUUACUGUAGCUGCUUGCAGUUUCUGAUAUUUCAUGGGUCCAAGUGUUUUACACUUUUCCACUAUGAGGACUUUGUAUGAGUUUUACAAUUUACUUUUGCUUGUUGUCCCCAGCUCCUCCCGUCACGUUCAAGGUGAAGUUGAAGAACCUGGAAGUUGAGGAGGAGAACAGUGUGACGUUAUUCUGUGAGCUCUCUAAACCAGGACUGACGGCAGAGUGGAGAAAGGGAGAGGAGCUGCUGAAGAACGGAGUAAAGUACCAGAUAAAGAAGAGAGAGGCAACAAUGGAACUGACAAUAAGGAACGCAGUGCUUGAGGACACCGGAUUCUACAGCUGUUUUUACGCAGAAGCCAAAACCACCGCCACUGUCAACAUCACCCGUAAGAGGAGUUGCUCUUGGUUUGCUAUAACGUUAUUUAACUCUGUUAAGCCUGGUUCCUGUUAAAGGGAUAUUUUACUCAAAAAUGACCAUUUACAUAUCAUUUGCUUAAUCAUCACAGUUUUUUCUCUGAACUGAAAGUGCCCUAUCUUGAAAACUCAACAGCUGACAUGCAACAUUUUUGCGGAUUGUAUUAACAGUGAAUUUAUGAACAAAAUUAAAAGAUAGUUUUUGAGUAAAACAUCCCUUUAAGCACUUGGUGACAUAUUUUAAAAAGCACUACAAACUGUUGGUUUUGAUCUCAUGUCCUCAGCCAUCCCUGUCACCUUCAAGAUGGGUCUUAAGAACCAGGAGGCCUCAGAGGGGGGCAUCGUGACCCUGCGCUGUGAGCUGUCUAAGGCUGGGGUCCCAGUGGAGUGGUGGAAAGGGGAGGAGGAGGUGAGCCCUGGAGGAAGGUACCAGAUGAAGCUGGAGGGAAAAAUAGCAGAGUUGCACAUCAAGAACAUCCAGCCAGAGGACGUGGGGGAGUACAGCUGUAUAUUCGGAGAUCAGAAAACCACUGCUGAAGUCAACGUGAGAGGUACAGUACAUGUUACUGUUGUCUGGCUGUCAUUUUGUGUUUUUUGGAUAUGAAAUGCUCAUUCACCAGGAAAUAAAGAGUUGAAGUAUGGGCCUCCCCAGCAACUGUACCAAAGUGUUCUAGAAUACACAAUAAGCAAGAGGUCAAUGCAGUUGCUCUCUCUCUAACAAUACAUAUUCAAUAUAUUCUAGAACAAUGUUUUGCCAUAACAGACAAAUUGUAACCUACACAGUAUCGUAUAUACACUGUAUAGUAUAGUGCAAUGGCCCCGAAGGACAAGGCAUUUUCUAAUGAUGUCGCUCUCUGUUCCACACAGCUGCUGCCUCAGUGUUCUUUGAAAAGGAGCUGGAGAGCAAUGUGGUGAUGGAGGGGAAGUCCGUGGUCCUCUCCUGUGAGGUCUCCAGCGCCACCGUCCCCGUCACCUGGAAGAAGGACGCCUGCCUGGUCACAGAUGGGGAGAGGUUCACUGUGGGAAAAAAAGGUCCCGUUCACACCCUGGAGAUCAAGAAGCUAAGUCUGGAGGAUGCCGGGGAGUACAGCUGCAUCACUAGGGGAAAGAAGACCACAGCCAUGCUGGUUGUGAAAGGUAGGCCAACCCCAUCCUAGUGGGGACUGAAGUAAAUCUACAGUAUAUCCUCUUUAAACUUACAAAAUUAUAGGAGCACAAUGAGUCUUUGUUUCACCCUGUUUUGGUAUUUGAUUAUUGUUGGUAGAGGAUAGCUUAUACCUUUCCACAAAUAUAAGGGAUGGUGGUAGACCAUCAACAAGAUUAUCUGCAUUAUUUGCAUGGGUCAUCUCAUCUCUGUAUGGCUUGCUACAUUAGCCUAUAAACAACUCUCCUGAUUCUAACUCUACCUCUACAGAGCGUGUGAAAAUAUUGUCAGGUCUGAAGGACAUGAAGAUCAUAGCCGGGCAGGACGCAGUGUUUGUGUGUGAGCUGUCCCACACUGAGGUGAGUGAAGGCGAGUGGUGGCUGGGCUCCAGCCCCCUGCAGAAGAACGAAAUGAACCAGAUGAGCUUUGAGGGCCACCAGCACCGCCUGGUCUUGAGCAUGACCACCCCGGAGGAGACCGGGACAGUGGCCUUCUUGGUCGGGGAGGAGAGGACUUCUGCCCAACUGCUAGUUGUCCCCAAACCCAAAGGUGCGCCACCUCUUUUAAUUUGUUAAUAUACAGUACAAUGUGAAAUUAUUCUCUUUAACCAAUUAUACAGUAUGUGUAUGCAAUUAGAGCGCAUUUACUUUGUUUACUCUGUUUACUGUCUCUGUCAGUACUCAUUGAAAAGAAGCCCCAGGACAUUGACAUCAUGGAAGGGGAGACGGCCACCUUAUCCUGUAUGACCUCUGACCUCAUUACCCCUGUCACAUGGAGAAGGAACAACAUGCCCCUACUGAAUGGAGACAAGUAUGAGACGCGUAAGAAGGGCAAGCUCAACGUACUGCUCAUCCAUGAGACAGAACCAGAGGACUCUGGGAUAUACUCCUGUGACACUGGAGACAUGCAGAGCGGUGCCAAUCUGACGGUCAAUGGUAAAGACAUAGAGUAGCACCGUUUUUCUGUACCUUAGUGAGGGUACGUCAUUCUUACAUUUUACAUUUACGUCAUUUAGCAGACGCUCUUAUCCAGAGCGACUUACAAAUUGGUGCAUUCACCUUAUAGCCAGUGGAAUAACCACUUUACAAUAUGUAUUUUUUUAUUUUUUGGGGGGUGGGGUAAGGGGGUGUAGAAGGAUUACUUUAUCCUAUCCCAGGUAUUCCUUAAAGAGGUGGGGUUUCAAGUGUCUCCGGAAGGUGGUGAGUGACUCCGCUGUCCUGGCGUCGUGAGGGAGCUUGUUCUAUCAUUCUAUGGGGAUGUUCUGUAAGUGCAAUACUCACCUUAAAAUGUAUUUUAUGAACAUUAGAGUAAUAUUAACUUUCUUCCAUCUACCCAGAGCUACCACCGUACUUCGAGGAGGAGCUGCAGGCUGUGGAGGCUGAGGAGGGUGGCACAGCCUUUCUGUUUUGUGAGCUGUCUAAGCCUGGGGUCCCAGUCCAGUGGAGGAAAGGCCGGCUGCCUCUCCAGCCCAACAGGAAGUACCAGAUGAAGCAGGACGGCUGUGUGUUUCAGCUACACAUCAUGGAGCUGAAAAAGGAAGACAGUGGCAGCUACACGUGCCAGGCAGAUGGCGUGGAGACCACAGCCUCUGUGUCUGUGAAAGGUAUGUGUGUGAUGUGUUGUGUAAUAGCACACACCUGUUGAAUGUAGAGGAAUCACACCUCAUCACGGUCAUAUUCAGUGCAACAAAACUCCAAGAAGUAUAAAGUAUAAACACUAAUAUAUGUGUACACAUUUUGAGAGUUGACUUUCCUCUGUGUCCAGUUAAAGUACUCAUUGAGAAGAAUCCCCGGGACACUGUCAUCAUGGAAGGAGAGACGGCCACCUUAUCCUGUACGACCUCUGACCUCACUACCCCUGUCACAUGGAGACUCAACAACAUGCCCCUACUGAACAGAGACAAGUAUGAGAGCCGUAAGGAGGGAAAGCUCAACCUGCUUCUCAUCCACAAUGUGGACCCAGAUGACUCUGGGAUAUACUCGUGCGACACUGGAGACAUGCAGAGCAGUGCCAAUCUGACUGUCACAGGUAAGGAUUUUCUAUAAUCUAGAGAGAAGUAACAUAACCAGGAAUUUAGGUUUAUCUCAGGGAGUUUCAAAAUUCUGAAUUCUUUCUGUGUAUUACUCACCCUAACGUUGGUCAAAUGGAACAUAGAUUUGUAAGUGAGGGCAAGAAUGGGAGGGUGGGACAAAGCUUGGCUUGGGUGGUGUAAAUGGGGGAGAACUGGGAGGGGAGGGGGGGGGGGGGGGGGUGAAGAGGGAUGUAUUUGGUUUGGGAGAGAGAGAGAGAUGGAAGGACUUAAUAAUACUACAAUGUAAUUGUGUUUAUUUUUUGUGACUUGUAAACCCAUUGGAAAAUGAAUAAGAGUUCUGGACAGAUUAGGAAUGUAUGUCAAAUCAUUAUUAUUAGUACUAGUUUAAUAAAGUGUGACAAUAAAAUAAUAACAAAGCUUACAAGCAAUAGAAUGGCAAAGGGCUUACCAGACUUGAUACAUAUCUAUCAAACAGGGUUUAUUAAAAAUAGACACUGACAAACAAAUAGAAGAAUACGUUUCAGUUUAAUACAAUGCACACAAAAAAUGGAUAUAGAUUAUUCAAUAAUGGCUGUUAAUGCCGAAAAGGCUUUCGACUAUCUUGAGUGGCCUUUUCUAUUCAAAACUUUGGAAGAUUUCAUCUUUCCAGCUGAAAUAAUAAAUGUUAUAAAAAUACUGUAUAAAUGUCCUAAAGCAAAAAUAUACUCAAAUAAUACAUUAUCUGAUGAAAUUGCUCUAGAAAGGGGCACAAGACAAGGAUAUCCCCUCUCCCCCCUCCUGUUUGCACUGGCAAUCGAACCGCUUGCAGAAAGAAUUAGACAGGACCCAAAUGUAACAGGUAUCAGUAUUGGUAAACAUGAAUAUAAAAUAAACGUAUUUGCUGAUGAUCUCCUAAUAUACCUGACCAAUAUUGAAAACUCAAUGCCCCCUUUGCUAAAAAUAUUUUCAGAAUGCUCUAAAAUCUCAAGAUAUAAAAUUAUUGUGGAAAGAACAAAAUAAUGGCAAUAGGAAAAAUAAAUGGAAUAACUCAUGAUCUACUGCAAUCCUUUAAGUGGACCACAAAAAAUAUUAAAUACUUAGGACUUAGGAUGCUUAAUAAGUGACAACAAACAACAAAUAUGUAAAGAUAACUUUAUUCCAUUACUCAACAAUAUGAAAGGAGAUCUAAUUAAAUGGAAUAAUCUUCCCAUAAAUCUUCCAGGUAGAAUAAACCUCUUUUAGAAUGGCAUGGCUACCAAAGUUUUUGUAUUUAUUUUCGGUAAUACCAAUUACCCCACCGAAAACAUUCAUAGAAUAUGGAAAGUUUUACAUCUUCCUAAAUCGGAGGGUGGUUUUAACUUUCCGGACUUGGAAUUUUAUCAACUCGCUACCCAAGGCUUUUGUUUGCGACAUAUAGUUAAAUGAACUAAAUAGGAACAAUGGGUACAUAUUGAAGAUGCGCAUGCUCAUCCCCAGAAUCGUUUUAAGUGUCUAAUUUCAAAGGUUAAAGCUAAGAACAUAAACAACUUCAUUGUUAAGAAUACUAUAAUAGGGAAAAAAAUGAAACGUAUUCUACAACAACCAAUAUCACUCCCUAAAAACACAACAUUAUUGAUCAAUCCUUGGAUAGCUUUUCAGAAUUCACAGAUGAAUUGAUCCACAUAUUACAAUAUUGCAGUACAAAAUUCUGAAUUGUAUUACUCUCUUUGUAUUACUCACCCUAACAUUGGUCAAAUGGAACAUAGAUUUGUAAUUCCCUAAUUGUCUUCCCUCUCCAGAGCUGCCUCCAUACUUUGAGGAGGAGCUGCAGGCUGUGGAGGCUGAGGAAGGGGGCACGGCCUUCCUAUCCUGUGAGCUGUCUAAGCCUGGAGUCCAAGUCCAGUGGAGGAAGGGCCGGCUGCCUCUCCAGCCCAACAGGAAGUACCAGAUGAAGCAGGACGGCUGUGUGUUUCAGCUACACAUCAUGGAGCUGAAAAAGGAAGACAGUGGCAGCUACACGUGCCAGGCAGAUGGCGUGGAGACCACAGCCUCUGUGUCUGUGAAAGGUAUGUGUGUGAUGUGUUGUGUAAUAGCACACACCUGUUGAAUGUAGAGGAAUCACACCUCAUCACGGUCAUAUUCAGUGCAACAAAACUCCAAGAAGUAUAAAGUAUAAACACUAAUAUAUGUGUACACAUUUUGAGAGUUGACUUUCCUCUGUGUCCAGUUAAAGUUCUCAUUGAGAAGAAUCUCCAGGACACCGUCAUCAUGGAAGGGGAGACAGCCACCUUAUCCUGUACGACCUCUGACCUCACUACCCCUGUCACAUGGAGACUCAACAACAUGCCCCUAUUGAACAGAGACAAGUAUGAGAGCCGUAAGGAGGGAAAGCUCAACCUGCUUCUCAUCCACAAUGUGGACCCAGAUGACUCUGGGAUAUACUCUUGCGACACUGGAGACAUGCAGAGCAGCGCCAAUCUGACUGUCACAGGUAAGGAUUUUCUAUAAUCUAGAGAGAAGUAACAUAACCAGGAAUUUAGGUUUAUCUCAGGGAGUUUCAAUAUUCUGAACUCUUUCUGUGUAUUACUCACCCUGACAUUGGUCAAAUGGAACGUAGAUUUGUAAGAGAGGGCAAGAAUGGGAGGGUGGGACAAAGCUUGGCUUGGGUGGUGUAAAUGGGGAAGAACUGGGAGGGGGGGGGGGGGGGGGGGGGGGGUGGAGAGGGAUGUAUUUGGUUUGGGAGAGAGAGAUGGAAGGACUUAAUAAUACUACAAUGUAAUUGUGUUAAUUUUUUUGUGACUUGUAAACCCAUUGGAAAAUGAAUAAGAGUUCUGGACAGAUUAGGAAUGUAUGUCAAAUCAUUAUUAUUAGUACUAGUUUAAUAAAUUGUGACAUUAAAAUAAUAACAAAGCUUACAAGCAAUAGAAUGGCAAAGGGCUUUCCAGACUUGAUACAUAUCAAUCAAACAGGGUUUAUUAAAAAUAGACACUGACAAACAAAUAGAAGAAUACGUUUCAGUUUAAUACAAUGCACAAAAUAAAUGGAUAUAGAUGAAUUAAUAAUGGCUGUUAAUGCCGAAAAGGCUUUCGACUAUCUUGAGUGGCCUUUUCUAUUCAAAACUUUGGAAGAUUUCAUCUUUCCAGCUGAAAUAUUAAAUGUUAUAAAAAUACUGUAUAAAUGUCCUAAAGCAAAAAUAUACUCAAAUAAUACAUUAUCUGAUGAAAUUGCUUUAGAAAGGGGCACAAGACAAGGAUAUCCCCUCUCCCCCCUCCUGUUUGCACUGGCAAUCGAACCGCUUGCAGAAAGAAUUAGACAGGACCCAAAUGUAACAGGUAUCAGUAUUGGUAAACAUGAAUAUAAAAUAAACGUAUUUGCUGAUGAUCUCCUAAUAUACCUGACCAAUAUUGAAAACUCAAUGCCCCCUUUGCUAAAAAUAUUUUCAGAAUGCUCUAAAAUCUCAAGAUAUAAAAUUAUUGUGGAAAGAACAAAAUAAUGGCAAUAGGAAAAAUAAAUGGAAUAACUCAUGAUCUACUGCAAUCCUUUAAGUGGACCACAAAAAAUAUUAAAUACUUAGGACUUAGGAUGCUUAAUAAGUGACAACAAACAACAAAUAUGUAAAGAUAACUUUAUUCCAUUACUCAACAAUAUGAAAGGAGAUCUAAUUAAAUGGAAUAAUCUUCCCAUAAAUCUUCCAGGUAGAAUAAACCUCUUUUAGAAUGGCAUGGCUACCAAAGUUUUUGUAUUUAUUUUCGGUAAUACCAAUUACCCCACCGAAAACAUUCAUAGAAUAUGGAAAGUUUUACAUCUUCCUAAAUCGGAGGGUGGUUUUAACUUUCCGGACUUGGAAUUUUAUCAACUCGCUACCCAAGGCUUUUGUUUGCGACAUAUAGUUAAAUGAACUAAAUAGGAACAAUGGGUACAUAUUGAAGAUGCGCAUGCUCAUCCCCAGAAUCGUUUUAAGUGUCUAAUUUCAAAGGUUAAAGCUAAGAACAUAAACAACUUCAUUGUUAAGAAUACUAUAAUAGGGAAAAAAAUGAAACGUAUUCUACAACAACCAAUAUCACUCCCUAAAAACACAACAUUAUUGAACAAUCCUUGGAUAGCUUUUCAGAAUUCACAGAUAAAUUGAUCCACAUAUUACAAUAUUGCAGUACAAAAUUCUGAAUUGUAUUACUCUCUUUGUAUUACUCACCCUAACAUUGGUCAAAUGGAACAUAGAUUUGUAAUUCCCUAAUUGUCUUCCCUCUCCAGAGCUGCCUCCAUACUUUGAGGAGGAGCUGCAGGCUGUGGAGGCUGAGGAAGGGGGCACGGCCUUCCUAUCCUGUGAGCUGUCUAAGCCUGGAGUCCAAGUCCAGUGGAGGAAGGGCCGGCUGCCUCUCCAGCCCAACAGGAAGUACCAGAUGAAGCAGGACGGCUGUGUGUUUCAGCUACACAUCAUGGAGCUGAAAAAGGAAGACAGUGGCAGCUACACGUGCCAGGCAGAUGGCGUGGAGACCACAGCCUCUGUGUCUGUGAAAGGUAUGUGUGUGAUGUGUUGUGUAAUAGCACACACCUGUUGCAUGUAGAGGAAUCACACCUCAUCACGGUCAUAUUCAGUGCAACAAAACUCCAAGAAGUAUAAAGUAUAAACACUAAUAUAUGUGUACACAUUUUGAGAGUUGACUUUCCUCUGUGUCCAGUUAAAGUACUCAUUGAGAAGAAUCCCCGUGACACCGUCAUCAUGGAAGGGGAGACAGCCACCUUAUCCUGUACGACCUCUGACCUCACUACCCCUGUCACAUGGAGACUCAACAACAUGCCCCUACUGAACAGAGACAAGUAUGAGAGCCGUAAGGAGGGAAAGCUCAACCUGCUUCUCAUCCACAAUGUGGACCCAGAUGACUCUGGGAUAUACUCGUGCGACACUGGAGACAUGCAGAGCAGCGCCAAUCUGACUGUCACAGGUAAGGAUUUUCUAUAAUCUAGAGAGAAGUAACAUAACCAGGAAUUUAGGUUUAUCUCAGGGAGUUUCAAAAUUCUGAAUUCUUUCUGUGUAUUACUCACCCUAACAUUGGUCAAAUGGAACAUAGAUUUGUAAGAGAGGGCAAGAGUGGGAGGGUGGGACAAAGCUUGGCUUGGGUGGCGUAAAUGGGGAAGAACUGGGAGGGGGGGGGGGGGGGGGGGGGGGGGUGGAGAGGGAUGUAUUUGGUUUGGGAGAGAGAGAUGGAAGGACUUAAUAAUAAUACAAUGUAAUUGUGUUUAUUUUUUGUGUGACUUGUAAACCCAUUGGAAAAUCAAUAAGAGUUCUGGACAGAUUAGGAAUGUAUGUCAAAUCAUUAUUAUUAGUACUAGUUUAAUAAAUUGUGACAAUAAAAUAAUAACAAAGCUUACAAGCAAUAGAAAGGCAAAGGGCUUACCAGACUUGAUACAUAUCAAUCAAACAGGGUUUAUUAAAAAUAGACACUGACAAACAAAUAGAAGAAUACGUUUCAGUUUAAUACGAUGCACAAAAAAAAUGGAUAUAGAUUAAUCAAUAAUGGCUGUUAAUGCCGAAAAGGCUUUCGACUAUCUUGAGUGGCCUUUUCUAUUCAAAACUUUGGAAGAUUUCAUCUUUCCAGCUGAAAUAUUCAAUGUUAUAAAAAUACUGUAUAAAUGUCCUAAAGCAAAAAUAUACUCAAAUAAUACAUUAUCUGAUGAAAUUGCUUUAGAAAGGGGCACAAGACAGGGAUAUCCCCUCUCCCCCCUCCUGUUUGCACUGGCAAUCGAACCACUUGCAGAAAUAAUUAGACAGGACCCAAAUGUAACAGGUAUCAGUAUUGGUAAACAUGAAUAUAAAAUAAACGUAUUUGCUGAUGAUCUCCUAAUAUACCUGACCAAUAUUGAAAACUCAAUGCCCCCUUUGCUAAAAAUAUUUUCAGAAUGCUCUAAAAUCUCAAGAUAUAAAAUUAUUGUGGAAAGAACAAAAUAAUGGCAAUAGGAAAAGGAAAUUGAAUAACUCAUGAUCUACUGCAAUCCUUUAAGUGGACCACAAAAAAUAUUAAAUACUUAGGACUUAGGAUGCUUAACAAGUGACAACAAACAACAAAUAUGUAAAGAUAAUUUUAUUCCAUUACUCAACAAUAUGAAAGGAGAUCUAAUUAAAUGGAAUAAUCUUCCCAUAAAUCUUACAGGUAGAAUAAACCUCUUUUAGAAUGGCAUGGCUACCAAAGUUAUUGUAUUUAUUUUCGGUAAUACCAAUUACCCCACCGAAAACAUUCAUAGAAUAUGGAACGUUUUACAUCUUCCUAAGUCGGAGGGUGGUUUUAACUUUCCGGACUUGGAAUUGUAUCAAUUCGCUACCCAAGGCUUUUGUUUGCGACAUAUAGUUAAAUGAACUAAAUAGGAACAAUGGGUUCAUAUUGAAGAUGCGCAUGCUCAUCCCCAGAAUCGUUUUAAGUGUCUAAUUUCAAAGGUUAAAGCUAAGAACAUAAACAACUUCAUUGUUAAGAAUACUAUAAUAGGGAAGAAAAUGAAACGUAUUCUACAACAACCAAUAUCACUCCCUAAAAACACAACAUUAUUGAACAAUCCUUGGAUAGCUUUUCAGAAUUCACAGAUAAAUUGAUCCACAUAUUACAAUAUUGCAGUACAAAAAUUCUGAAUUGUAUUACUCUCUUUGUAUUACUCACCCUAACAUUGGUCAAAUGGAACAUAGAUUUGUAAUUCCCUAAUUGUCUUCCCUCUCCAGAGCUGCCUCCAUACUUUGAGGAGGAGCUGCAGGCUGUGGAGGCUGAGGAAGGGGGCACGGCCUUCCUAUCCUGUGAGCUGUCUAAGCCUGGAGUCCAAGUCCAGUGGAGGAAGGGCCGGCUGCCUCUCCAGCCCAACAGGAAGUACCAGAUGAAGCAGGACGGCUGUGUGUUUCAGCUACACAUCAUGGAGCUGAAAAAGGAAGACAGUGGCAGCUACACGUGCCAGGCAGAUGGCGUGGAGACCACAGCCUCUGUGUCUGUGAAAGGUAUGUGUGUGAUGUGUUGUGUAAUAGCACACACCUGUUGCAUGUAGAGGAAUCACACCUCAUCACGGUCAUAUUCAGUGCAACAAAACUCCAAGAAGUAUAAAGUAUAAACACUAAUAUAUGUGUACACAUUUUGAGAGUUGACUUUCCUCUGUGUCCAGUUAAAGUACUCAUUGAGAAGAAUCCCCGGGACACCAUCAUCAUGGAAGGGGAGACAGCCACCUUAUCCUGUACGACCUCUGACCUCACUACCCCUGUCACAUGGAGACUCAACAACAUGCCCCUACUGAACAGAGACAAGUAUGAGAGCCGUAAGGAGGGAAAGCUCAACCUGCUUCUCAUCCACAAUGUGGACCCAGAUGACUCUGGGAUAUUCUCUUGCGACACUGGAGACAUGCAGAGCAGCGCCAAUCUGACUGUCACAGGUAAGGAUUUUCUAUAAUCUAGAGAGAAGUAACAUAACCAGGAAUUUAGGUUUAUCUCAGGGAGUUUCAAAUUCUGAACUCUUCCUGUGUAUUACUCACCCUAACAUUGGUCAAAUGGAACAUAGAUUUGUAAGAGAGGGCAAGAGUGGGAGGGUGGGACAAAGCUUGGCUUGGGUGGCGUAAAUGGGGAAGAACUGGGAGGGGGUGGUGGAGGGGAUUUAUUUGGUUUGGGAGAGAGAGAUGGAAGGACUUAAUAAUACUACUUUUUUUUGUGACUUGUAAACCCAUUGUGAAAUGAAUAAGAGUUCUGGACAGAUUAAGAAUGUCCUCUACCAGUCAAAAGUGUGGACACACCUACUCAUUCCAAGGUUUUCUUUUUAUUUAUUUUUACAAUUUUUUACAUUGUAGAAUAAUAGUUAAGACAUCUAAACUAUGAAAUACCACAUAUGGAAUCAUGUAGUACCUAAAAAAUAUCAAAAUAAUUUUAUAUUUGAGAUUCUUCAAACAGCCACCCUUUUCCUUGUUGACAGCUUUGCACACUCUUGGCGUUCUCUCAACCAGCUUCAUGAGGUAGUCACCUGGAAUGCAUUUCAAUUAACAGGUGUGCCUUCUUAAAAGUUAAUUUGUGGAAUUUCUUUCUAUCUUAAUGCAUUUGAACCAAUCAGUUGUGUUGUGACAAGGUAUGCAGAAGAUAGCCCUAUUUGGUAAAAGACCAAGUCCAUAUUAUGGCAAGAACACCUUAAAUAAGCAAAGAGAAACGACAGUCCAUCAUUACUUUAAGACGUGAAGGUCAGUCAAUACGGAACAUUUCAAGAACUUUGAAAGUUUCUUCAAGUGCAGUCGCAAAAACCAUCAAGCGCUAUGAUGAAACUGUCUCUCAUGAGGACCACCACAGGAAUGGAAGACCCAGAGUUACCUCUGCUGCAGAGGAUAAGUUCAUUAGAGUUACCAGCCUCAGAAAUUGCAGCCCAAAUAAAUGCUUCACAGAGUUCAAGUAACAGACACAUCUCAACAUUAACUCUUCAGAGGGGACUGUGUGUAUCAGGUUUUCAUGUUCAAAUUGCUCCAAAGAAACCACUACUAAAGGACACCAAUAAGAAGAAGAGACCUGCUUGGGCCAAGAAACACGAGCAAUGGAUAUUAGACCGGUGGAAAUGUUUCCUUUGGUCUGGAGUCCAAAUUUGAGAUUUUUAGUUCAAACUGCCGUGUCUUUGUGAGACGCGGUGUGGGUGAACGGAUGAUCUCCGCAUGUGUAGUUCCCACCGUGAAGCAUGGAGGAGGAGGUGCUAUUUUGCAUGGGUGCUUUGCUGGUGACACUGUCUGUGAUUAAUUUUGAAUUCAAGGCACACUUAACCAGCAUGGCUACCACAGCAUUCUGCAGCGAUACGCCAUCCCAUCUGGUUUGGGCUUAGUGGGACUAUCAUUUGUUUUUCAACAGGACAAUGACCCAAUACACCUCCAGACUGUGUAGGGGCUAUUUAACCAUGAAGGAGAGUGAUGGAGUGCUGCAUCAGAUGACGUGGCCUCCACAAUCCCCCAACCUCAAUCCAAUUGAGAUGGUUUGGGAUGAGUCGGACGGCAGAGUGAAGGAAAUGCAGCCAACAAGUGCUUAGCAUAUGUGGGAAUUCCUUCAAGACUGUUGGAGAAUAAUUCCAGGUGAAGCUGGUUGAGAGAAUGCCAAGAGUGUAUAAAGCUGUCAUCAAGCCAAAGGGUGGCUAUUUGAAGAAUCUCAAAUCUUAAAUAUAUUUUGAUUUGUUUAACACUUUUUUGGUUACUACAUGAUUCCAUAUGUGUUAUUUAAUAGUUUUGAUUUCUUCACUAUUAUUCUACAAUGUAGAAAAUAGUAAAAAUAAAGAAAAACCUUUGAAUGAGUAGGUGUUCUAAAACUUUUGACCGGUAGUGUAAAUGGAAUAAUCUUCCCAUAAAUCUUACAGGUAGAAUAAACCUCUUUAGAAUGGCAUGGCUCCCAAAGUUGUUGUAUUUAUUUUCGGUAAUACCAAUUACCCAACCGAAGACAUUCAUAUAAUAAAAAGGAACGUUUUACAUCUUCCUAAGUCUGAGGGUGGUUUUAACCUUCCAGACCUGGAAUUGUAUCAAUUCGCUACCCAAGGCUUUUGCUUGAGACAUAUAGUUAAAUGCACUAAAGAGGAACAAUGGGGACAUAUUGAAGAUGCGCAUGCUCAUCCCGCAAAUAACUUCGGCAAUAACCAAUAUCUCUCCCUAAAAACACAGCCUUAUGGAACAAUCCUUUCGAUAGCUUUUCAGAAUUCACUGAUAAAUUGAUCCACAUAUUACAAUACAAUAUUCUGAAUUCUCUCUUUCUAUUACUCACCCUAACAUUGGUCAAAUGGAACAUAGAUUUGGAAUUCCCUUAUUGUCUUCCAUCUACCCAGAGCUGCCUCCAUACUUUGAGGAGGAGCUGCAGGCUGUGAAAGCUGAGGAAAGAGGCACAGCCUUCCUGUCCUGUGAGCUGUCUAAGCCUGGAGUCCCAGUCCAGUGGAGGAAGGGCCAGCUGCCUCUCAGGCCCAACAGAAAGUACCAGAUGAAGCAGGACGGCUGUGUGUUUCAGCUACACAUCAUGGAGCUGAAGCCCGAGGACAGUGGCAGCUACACGUGCCAGGCAGGUGGCGUGGAGACCACCGCCUCUGUGUCUGUGAAAGGUAUGUGUGUGAUUUGUUGUGUAAUAGCACACACCUGCUGCCUGUAGAGGAAUCACACCUCAUCUCGGUCAUAUUCAGUGCAACAAAACUUCAAGAAGUAUAAAGUAUAAACACUAAUAUAUGUGUACACAUUUUGAGAGUUGACUUUCCUCUGUGUCCAGUUAAAGUACUCAUUGAGAAGAAUCCCCGGGACACCGUCAUCAUGGAAGGAGAGACGGCCACCUUAUCCUGUACGACCUCUGACCUCACUACCCCUGUCACAUGGAGACGCAACAACAUGCCCCUAUUGAACAGAGACAAGUACGAGAAUUGUAAGCAGGGCAAGCUCAACCUUCUUCUCAUCCACAAUGUGGACCCAGAUGACUCUGGGAUAUACUCCUGUGACACUGGAGACAUGCAGAGCAGCGCCAAUCUGACUGUCACAGGUAAGGAUUUCCCAUCUUCUAGAGAGAAGUAACAUAACCAGGAACUCAGGUUUAUCUCAGGGGGUUACAAUAUUCUGAAAUCUCUCUUUGCAUUACUCACCCUAACAUUGGUCAAAUAGAUUUGCAAAUCCCUAAUUGUCUUCAGUCUCUCCAGAGCUGCCUCCAUACUUUGAGGAGGUGCUGCAGGCUGUGGAGGCUGAGGCGGGGGGCACAGCCUGCCUGUCCUGUGAGCUGUCUAAGCCUGGAGUCCCAGUCCAGUGGAGGAAGGGCCAGCUGCCUCUCAGGCCCAACAGGAAGUAUCAGAUGAAGCAGGACGACUGUGUGUUUCAGCUACACAUCUUGGAGCUGAAGCACGACGACAGUGGCAGCUACACGUGCCAGGCAGGUGGUGUGGAGACCACUGCCUCUGUGGCAGUAAAGCCUCUCCCAGCCAAGACAGAACCUCCCAAGACAAUGCCUCCCACAAAGGCUCCCACAAAGGCUGUAUCUCCUACUCCUCCACCAGAGGAGGCCCAUCCUGGCCCUCCAGAGCCAAAGAAAUGUGGCAUGGCCCGGGCAUCCAUUGUGGAGUCAGAGAAAGACCUGGAGCCUGAGGAAAAAGAGACAGUGGUAGACCUACAUGAGAAAAUGUCAUUAAGGUCUAUGGGUAAUCAGACUAAGGUAGACCAGCAGGAGAAACAGCAAGUGAAACAGACAGUAAGUAUGGUGAAGGAUACCAUAGUAGAAAAGACAGAGAAACAGCUAGUACCACCAUUGAGGUCUAAAGGGAAGGAAGCAUCUAUGGUGAAGGAGACACAGAUAGACCAGAGGGAGAAAGAGCCAGUGAAACUGCCAGUAAGAGCUAUGGUGAGGGACACAGAGGAACAGAAGUCAUUGAAGUCUAUGGUGAAGGAGAUUGAAGUAGACCACGUGGUGAAACAGCCUGUGCCACCAGCGAGACAAGCAUCUAUAGUGUCGGAUGAUGGGGUGGACGAGGUGAGGAAACAGCCAGUUCCACCAGCGAGACGAGCAUCUGUAGUUUCAGUUUCGGAUCCUGGGGUAGACGAGGUAAGGAAACAUCCAGUUCCACCAGCGAGACAAGCAUCUGUAGUGUCGGAUGCUGGGAUAGACCAAGUGGUGAAACAGCCAGUUCCACCAGCGAGACGAGCAUCUGUAGUUUCAGUUUCGGAUCCUGGGGUAGAUGAGGUAAGGAAACAGCCAGUUCCACCAGCGAGACAAGCAUCUGUAGUGUCAGAUGCUGGGAUAGACCAAGUGGUGAAACAGCCAGUUCCACCAGUGAGACGAGCAUCUGUAGUUUCAGUUUCGGAUCCUGGGGUAGACGAGGUAAGGAAACAGCCAGUUCCACCAGCGAGACAAGCAUCUAUAGUGUCCGAUGCUGGGGUAGACGAGGUGAGGAAAUGGACAGUUCAACCAGCGAGGCGAGCAUCUGUAGUUUCAGUUUCGGAUACUGGGGUAGAUGAGGUGAGGAAACAGCCUGUGCCACCAGUGAGGCGAACAUCUGUAGUUUCAGUUUCGGAUACUGUGAUAAACGAGGUGAGGAAACAGCCAGUUCCACCAGUGAGACGAGCAUCUGUAGUGUCGGAUGCUGGGAUAGAGCAAGUAGUGAAACAGCCAGUUCCACCAGCGAGACAAGCAUCUGUAGUGUCGGAUUCUGGGAUAGACCAAGGGAUGAAACAGCCAGUUUCACCAGCAAGACAAGCAUCUGUAGUGUCGGAUGCUGGGGUAUAUGAGGUGAGGGAAGGGACAGUCCCAGAGGCGAGACGAACAUCUAUAGCGUCGGAUAAUGGGGUAGACGAGGUGAGGAAACGGCCAGUUCCACCAGCGAGGCGAGCAUCUGUAGUUUCAGUUUCGGAUACUGUGAUAAACGAGGUGAGGAAACAACCAGUUCGACCAGUGAGACAAGCAUCUGUAGUGUCGGAUGCUGUGAUAGAGCAAGUAGUGAAACAGCUAGUUCCACCAGCUAGACAAGCAUCUGUAGUGUCAGAUUCUGGGAUUGAGCAAGGGAUGAAACAGCCAGUUCCAGCAGCGAGGCGAGCAUCUGUAGUUUCAGUUUCGGAUACUGGGGUAGAUGAGGUGAGGAAACAGCCAGUGCCACCAGCGAGACGAGCGUCUGUAGUUUCAGUUUCAGAUACUGGGGUAGACGAGAUGAGGAAGCAGCCAGUUCCACCAGUGAGACGAGCAUCUGUAGUGUCGGAUUCUGGGAUAGACCAAGGGAUGAAACAGCCAGUUCCACCAGCGAGACGAGCAUCUGUAGUGUCGGAUGCUGGGGUAGACGAGGUGAGGAAACGGCCAGUUCCACCAGCGAGGCGAGCAUCUGUAGUUUCAGUUUCGGAUACGGUGAUAAACGAGGUGAGGAAACAGCCAGUGCCACCAGCGAGACAAGCAUCUAUAAUGUCAGAUGCUGGGGUAGACGAGGUGAGGAAACAACCAGUUCCACCAGCGAGACAAGCAUCUGUAGUGUCGGAUGCUGGGAUAGAGCAAGUAGUGAAACAGCUAGUUCCACCAGCUAGACAAGCAUCUGUAGUGUCAGAUUCUGGGAUUGAGCAAGGGAUGAAACAGCCAGUUCCAGCAGCGAGGCGAGCAUCUGUAGUUUCAGUUUCGGAUACUGGGGUAAAUGAGGUGAGGAAACAGCCAGUGCCACCAGCGAGACGAGCGUCUGUAGUUUCAGUUUCAGAUACUGGGGUAGACGAGAUGAGGAAGCAGCCAGUUCCACCAGUGAGACGAGCAUCUGUAGUGUCGGAUUCUGGGAUAGACCAAGGGAUGAAACAGCCAGUUCCACCAGCGAGACGAGCAUCUGUAGUGUCGGAUGUUGGGGUAGAUGAGGUGAGGAAACGGCCAGUUCCAGCAGUGAGGCGAGCAUCUGUAGUUUCAGUUUUGGAUAAUGGGGUAGACGUGGUGAGGAAACAGCCAGUUCCACCAGCGAGACGAGCAUCUGUAGUAUCGGAUGUUGGGAUAGACCAAGUAGUGAAACAGCCAGUGCCACCAGCGAGACGAUCAUCUAUAGUGUCCGAUGCUGGGGUAGAACAGAUAAUUAGAUCUUUUAGAUCUAAAAAGGAGCUAGAUGUAGAAAUAGACAAUCAGGAGAAACAGCCAGUGAAGUAUAUGGUGAAGGAGACAGAGAUAGAACAGAGGGAUAAACAGCCAGCAAGGUCUACAGUACAGGAGACUGAAAAACCCAAGAUGGCGGAGGACGAUAACCAACUCCAUAUCUCAGAGGAUGAGUCCUUCACUGAGGCCCCCACCCAGGUAACAGUCAACCAGAAGACCAGCAAGCCUGUAGUCGCUGUUGCUGGAGUUCCCAAGGGGCUACAGAUGACUCAGCAAGUUGACGAGAUUGCACCUGACAGUGUCGAGGAUGAACAUGAGAUGCUGGAAGCUGCCAUUAAGAUCCAGGCAGCUUUCAAGGGAUACAAGACCCGCAAAGACAUGCGGCCUGUCUUCAAGCAGGUGUUUAAGAACCAGAGUGCUGAGAUCAACGGUACCAUCGAGCUGGAGUGCGUGGUGGAAGGAAAGCUCAACGCAGUACGCUGGCUGAAGAACAGCCAGGAGAUCAUAGGAGACCAACGCCACAACAUGAACACCUCAGAGGAUGGCAUCUGCACACUGGUGAUCAUCAACAUGUCUGCCAUAGACACUGGGGUCUAUACCUGUGAGGUGGUCAACAACUUUGGUGUGACCUCAUAUAAUGGCAACAUUACUGUGGGUGAACCUCAAAAGCCUCCAUCCUCUACCCAGAGGCCUGCAGCCCCAGCCCCAGCCCAGCCCUCCAGCCCUUCUGUGCACCCAGUCCUGGCCUCCAUUGGCCCUCUCCAGCCAGGCCAGACCUCCACCUCCGGGAAGGAGACUAUGGAUUCUGUGGUGAGUGAGGGGAUCUCCCUGUGGCAGGCCUACAAUCUGACCGAGGAGGAUUCCCACAUGACCCUGCAGGAGAGGAGGAGGGCCUCCCUUAUCACUGCCAGCUCUAGUAAGUCAAGUUAUAAACAUUAUAGAUGUCCUUAGUAUGUGAACUGGGUCAUAUGCAGUAAUUGUGUCUGCAUUUGCUAGGAGUGAGUUGUAGCUGUCUGUUGAUAGACUGAAAAUCAUCUUUGCAUUAUUAAAGGGGCAAUUUGUACAUCAAACACUGUAUACAGGGGCGUCAUCACCCCAAAAGUCUGAGGGGGCACAAAGUACGUGAGGAUGGCUGGGAUGUGGGCCGUCGGGGGGCUGUGUCUCCGGUCCUUAAGUUGGAGAAUUUAUAAUUUUACAAACACCUGAAACAGCUUUUUCCUGCAAUCUAGAGCCAUAAACAUUAUGCUUAAUUCUGUGUAAAGAAAAAUUUAUAUUUUUCUGCAUGUCUAAGCAUACCUUUUCAGCUGUCUGUAUCCUCCUGACUGGUGGUUCUUUUUCGAAAGAAACGAAAUAUGCUUCUCUGCAUCUCUGCUAAAAUCUGGCUAAAAUAUUGAAAGGAAUGUGAGUCUUAUUCAGUACAUUCAGUUUAUUGCUUGCUUUUCUAAAGUCUACCAACCUUGCCUGCAGGCAUGCCAGCUAAGUUACUAAGACAAGCUAGUUAUGAGGUUGGGAGUUUGGGAACCUAUCUGGGCUAGCUAAAACCAACUUCAUAAAAUUGCUAAGUGGCUAGUAGUAUUACAGAGAAAAAAACUAACAACAACAAAAAUAAUAAUAUUAUUUUAUUUGUAAAAAAAUUUACAGGACAAAUCUGAGGGGGAACGUGCCCCUGUGCCGCCUAUGGGCAUGACACCUCUGCUGUAUACCCUCAAAACAUGGUCAAAACUAUCAUUUUGAUCUCAUGGAUGGUCAGUCCUCGCAUCCAUGGCUCUGUUUAUGAAUUAGAGUGUACUUACAUUCCUCCACUCUCAUCCCUCAGGUGUUUACCAAAACAGUAGCGGGGAGGCCACUUUGUUGUUGUUGAAUUGCAGAUUGCCCCUUUAACUGACAGCAGAUUGCCCCUUUAGCUGACAAUUAUCAUUUAUUUUCUCUGUUACCCCAGUGUCUAGUCCCUCUGACUACGACACAGCUCCAGAUUUCAUAGAGCCUGCUGACAUAAUCCCCAAAGAUCACCCCAGGUAAGUCCUUCACAAUCAUCAUUUAACAUUUAACUAUAUCCCCCCGUUCUAUGGCAUUAUCAUGUGUUAAUAAGGAAAUAUAUUCCCACAGGGAAAAGGAAGCCAUUAAGUCAGAGGACCAGUUACCCCAUAAGGAGGAGAAAGAACAGAAAGUCAUCCCUCAACCACCGAGGCAUUUGAAUGUCCAAGGUCAGCCAUAUUCUGUUAUGUUGUUAGAUCUAAAUAUUGAGUUGUUACCUUUUGUGGUGAUGGUAUUUCACAUGUUGUACUGAAUCCAUUCACUUUAACACUAAUGGCUGUAAAUGUAAUAAUAAUGUAAUAUCAUGCACAAGGUAAUGGGUUUCACUCUACAUUGUUUUGUGUAGAGUAGAGACAGAGUUAUAGAAAUAGAAAAUAACAGGCAUAAGUUCAAUGUCUCUUAACUACCUCUGCACCUUCUCCAAUAGGAGAAGAAACAGUGAUGCUUAGACCUAUACAAGUAUUUGUGCACUUGCAAUGCAUGUGGCACCAGAAUUUGCAUACCAGUGACGUGCAGUGAGGUCGGUGGCUGGUUAAGCACUGGCUAUUAUCAAAGCCAGAUUUACUCACAAAUAAACCUUGAUGAAUCCCGAGUUCACCAUACAACAGAUAGCUCCAACAACCAGAGUGACAUACAUUAGGCUAUUAACCGAAAUUGACAAACAAUUUUCAUAAAAUGUAAAUACCAAUGUAGCCAAGAAACACAAGCGAUAGCCUCUGAUGGUGUGUCACGAUCGUUGAAAGGAGUGGACCAAUGCGCAGCGUGGAAUGCGAACAUACUUUUAUUAAGUACUUAAUACAAUGCAACAAAACAACAAAACGAUACGUGAAGUCCUUGGGUACAUACACAAACCAUACACGGAACAAGAUCCCACAAACACAAAUGCCCAAACGGCUGCCUAAGUAUGGUACCCAAUCAGAGACAACAAGCAACAGCUGAUUCUCGUUGCCUCUGAUUGAGAACCACCCCGGCCAACAUAGAAACACAAUGAACUAGAUCCUGAACAUAGAAACACAAAACAUAGACUCUACACACCCUGGCUCAACAUAACAGAGUCCCCAGAGCCAGGGCGUGACAGUACCCCCCCCCCCCCAAAGGCGCGGACUGCGACCGCGGCAAACAUAAACCGAACAGGGGAGGGCCGGGUGGGCAUUCCUUCUCGGAGGCGGAUCCGGCUCCGGGCGUGACCACCACCCUCUAAUAACCCCCCCGUAGUGCCCCUGGUCUGGUCUGGCCCCGUUGGCUGGAGCUGGACUGGACAUCAGUGGAGCGGAUUGCUUAGGCUCCGGUGUGGAGCAGCUGACCGGUACCUGACCAGGCACCGGUGAACCGGGCACGGGCUGUGCCGGACUGACGACACGCACCCCUGGCUUGGUGCGGGGAGCAGGAACGGGCCGGACCGGGCUGACGACGCGCACCAUUGGCUUGGUGCGGGGAGCAGGAACAGGCCGGGCCGGGCUGGCGACGCGCACCAUAGGCUUGGUGCGGGGAGCAGGAACGGGCCAGACCGGGCUGGUGACGCGCACCACAGGCUUGGUGCGGGGAGCAGGAACAGGCCGGACCGGACAGACGAUGCGCCCCACAGGCUUGGUGCGGGGAGCAGGAACAGGCCGGGCCGGGCUGGCGACGCGCACCAUUAGCUUGGUGCGGGGAGCAGGAACAGGCCGGGCUGGCGACGCGCACCAUUGGCUUGGUGCGGGGAGCAGGAACAGGCCGGGCCGGGCUGGCGACGCGCACCAUAGACUUGGUGCGGGAAGCAGGAACGGGCCGGACCGGGCUGGCGACGCGCACCAUUGGCUUGGUGCGGGGAGCAGGAACGGGCCGGGCCGGGCUGACGACGCGCACCAUAGGCUUGGUGCGGGGAGCAGGAACGGGCCAGACCGGGCUGGCGACGCGCACCACAGGCUUGGUGCGGGGAGCAGGAACAGGCCGGACCGGACUGACGAUGCGCCCCACAGGCUUGGUGCGGGGAGCAGGAACAGGCCGGGCCGGGCUGGCGACGCGCACCAUUGGCUUGGUGCGAGGGGCAGGAACAGGCCGGACCGGGCUGGCGACGCGCACCAUUGGCUUGGUGCGAGGGGCAGGAACAGGCCAGACCGGGCUGACGACGCGACCAUUGGCUUGGUGCGAGGGGCAGGAACCGGCCGGGCCGGGCUGGCGACGCGCAUCACAGGCUUGGUGCGAGGGACAGGAACAGGCCGGACCGGGCUGGCGACGCGCAUCACAGGCUUGGUGCGAGGGACAGGAACCGGCCGGACCGGGCUGGCGACGCGCAUCACAGGCUUGGUGCGAGGGACAGGAACAGGCCGGACCGCACUUGGAACACACACCACUGUCCUUACACGGGGAUCAGGAACGGGCCGGACCGGACUGGCAACACACUUCAGUACCUCUCGCCGUGCCUCUACACUUUCCUUCCCUCUACUCACCAAUGGCUCCCGUAACCUGGUGGCCUUCUCUCCUCGUCCACUAACUCACCCUUUUUCUGCCUCCAGCAGCCCCGUCGCCCAUGCCAUGUGCCCCCCCCUAAACAUUUAUUGGGGGUGCCUCUCGUCUGUCCGAUGACGACACUGUUGGCGCCGUACCUCCUCUCUCGCCAGGGCUUUAACCCUUGCCCAUGGUCCUCUGCCCUCGAACAUGUCCUCCCAGGACCACCAUUGGCCCACCUGGGCCAUCGCCAACUUCUCCAGCUCCCUACCCGGCGUUUGCUCCGACACACGCUGCUUGGUCCAGUUUUGGUGGGAUCUUCUGUCACGAUCGUUGAAAGGAGUGGACCAAUGCGCAGCGUGGAAUGCGAACAUACUUUUAUUAAGUACUUAAUACAAUGCAACAAAACAACAAAACGAUACAUGAAGUCCUUGGGUACAUACACAAACCAUACACGGAACAAGAUCCCACAAACACAAAUGCCCAAACGGCUGCCUAAGUAUGGUACCCAAUCAGAGACAACAAGCAACAGCUGAUUCUCGUUGCCUCUGAUUGAGAACCACCCCGGCCAACAUAGAAACACAAUGAACUAGAUCCUGAACAUAGAAACACAAAACAUAGACUCUACACACCCUGGCUCAACAUAACAGAGUCCCCAGAGCCAGGGCGUGACAUGGUGGCAUAUUUCAUAGCUAUCAUCUGACAAAAUAACACACUGUUGGAUAGUAAAGCAUUAUUACUUUCAGUGCCUGAUCAGUGAGAAUAUAAUUAUUUUCACUAAAGGAAACACCUUGGCAAGAAGGCUCACAUGUUAGGCUGCAUAGCGAGCAUACAAUGCUAAAACAACACAGAGUGCUAGCAGCUCCUGCUCAAGAACAUUCCAUUGAGCUUGUGUACAAGGAUAACAUUCUAGACAACAGAAUUCCGACUCAAUGUACUGUAUGAAUAAUGUUUACAAGGAAUAUAUUUCACAAUUGUAAGUAAAAAUAUAGUGAUAUUUACAAGUUUAAUGUCAUUAGCAGAGCAGAAAAAAUACAUUCUCUAAUAGAGCUGAAGACAGGAGAAAAUGAAAUUGACAAUGUAACAGGUUCAUAGGAGAUGGACCAAACCAUUUCACGCGUUUUUGAUCGUCAUAUUUUCUUAUAACAGGUCUGCUAAACUCAGAUGACAGAUGCAGUUUUGUAUUGAUUUUACAAAUUAUACACCAUCAUGCAUGGUAAAAUAAUAAGGCAAUACCACAAGUAGAACAUUUAUUCAGAACACCAUCAUCAACACCAUCAUCCCGGAAACCCUAGAUCCACUCCAAUUCGCAUACCGCCCCAACAGAUCCACAGAUGACGCAAUCUCAAUUGCGCUCCACACUGCCCUUUCCCACCUGGUCAAAAGGAACACAUAUGUGAGAAUGCUGUUCAUUGACUACAGCUCAGCGUUCAACCCCAUAGUGCCCACAAAGCUCAUCACUAAGCUAAGGACCCUGGGCCUUAACACCUCCCUCUGCAACUGGAUCCUAGACUGUUCUCUCUGCUACCGCACGGCAAGCGGUACCGGAGCGCCAAGUCUAGGUCCAAAAGGCUCCUUAACAGCUUCUACCCCCAAGCCAUAAGACUGUUGAACAAUUAAUAAAAUGGCCACCUGGACUAUUUGCAUUGACCCCCUGCCCUCCCCUUUGUUUUUACACUGCUGCUACUCGCUGUUUAUUAUCUAUGCAUAGUCACUUUACCCCUACCUACAUGUACAAAUUACCUCGACUAACCUGUACCCCCGCACAUUGACUCGGUACCGGUACCCCCUGUAUAUAGCCUCGUUAUUGUUAUUUUACUAUGUUACUUUUUUUACUCUAGUUUAUUUAGUAAAUAUUUUCUUAACUCUAUUUUCUUAAAACUGCAUUGUUGGUUAAGGGCUUGUAAGUAAGCAUUUCACGGUAAGGUCUACACCUGUUGUAUUCGGCGCAUGUGACAAAUACAAUUUGAUUUGAUUUUAAAAAGAAUCCCUUAAAAGGGACCUAAUUGACCCAGUCCACUCUAUAAUCACUCUGCUCAUUCAAAAUAACAGUGGCAAAAGUAAAAAUGUCACAUCUCUGGUAUGUCGAAAGCCAACUAUUUCAAAACCUAGGCGAAGAUUACGGUGCUAACCUUUGCACACUUCUGUCCACUUCUGAAUAUCCCAUCAGCACCUGAUGCCAUGUUGAGGACUCCAUCCCCCAAACACCAUCGUGGCCACACUCCUACUGCUCUUACAGGCUCUGGCUCGGAGUCAGAUGGGGACGAGGAUGGAAUAGAGGUACAGUAUGGUUUGAACAUGUAGCCCUCUUUCAAACAAUGUGUUCUGAUCAGGUUUUUUAAUUGAGACAAAAGUAUACAUUUUGAUCUCACUAAUGAACACGGUAACCUCCUCAUACUUGGUCCUUUUACAGUAACGUUUGCUUGGACAAGCAGUUAACCACCAUUUUCUACCAACCUCUUUUCCAUAGACAUUUGAUAUCUACGUGGCCAGAGCUAACUGCAGCCCUCAACAAGGUGGCAACAAGGAGAGCUUUGUGUUGAAGGAGGGUCAAUACGUGGAGGUCUUGGACUCUAUCCACCCGGAUAAGUGGCUGGUCCGCACCAAGCCCUCCAAGACCACCCCCUCACGCCAAGGAUGGGUCUCUCCUGCAUACCUGGAGAAGAAGAGAAAGGUAUGAGGUCAUCAGUAUGUCCUGGUAAAGGGUGGGCAUAAAAUGGACAAAGUCAAUAUGUUUUUGACUGUGCAAUCAACCACUUUUAUGUUUUGUUAUAUAAACAGGAUUUGUCACUAGUAAUGAUAAUAUUUUACCAUGCAUUUAUUCAAGCUUUGUGUUUUUGUAAAGGAGACAUUCCCACAAAUGAGGACACCACAACAGGAGCUGGAUGUAUCAGGGUCUACAGGGGAGGAGUACAGGAGAACACUAAGGUGAGUGAAUGAAUAUCACUUGAUCACAGUGUGUUCUGCAUAUUUGAUUCAUAUCGUUUCUUAAAGAAAACUGUCUACAUUCCCUUCUGUUUUUAGCCAAUUAAUCCAGGGACUGAUUGAUGGGGAGGAAGAGUUUGUGAAAGAGAUGAAGGACUUUACGUCCCACCACCUACACCACUUAGACACCAGCCCUCAUGUCCCUAUCAACAUCAUCAACCAGAAAGAAACCAUCUUCCGCAAUAUAAAGGACAUCAUGGCUUUACACGAGAGGUGACACACCUGUUCUUUUUGUUGAGAGGGAGAGCUGGUUUUAGCGCUGGUUUUAGAUAUGUUUUUACUAAUGUAAUGAAAUGUAAGAUAAAAACUUCUGAUAAAUACUGUCCUUAUUUUCCUACCCCCUACUCAGAUCUAUUCUGCCCAGUCUGAGUGAGUGUUCUACUGACGAUGAAGUGGCCAUGCACCUGGUCAAACAUGCAAUGGACUUUGAAAAGUAUCUGCAGUACAUGGUGGGCCAAACACAGGCAGAGGCCUGUGUCACUGACAAGACCAUCCAGCAGUACUUCAAGGUAUGCAAUCAGAUCAUUUACCAUAAUGCACAAAAAUCGAUCCCCACUUCCAGAAGAAAAACUAUUUGCACUCACAUGCUUCCAUGCUCACAUUCACGUGUAUUGACCUUUGUGUUCCAGCAAAACACAGAAACUAAGCCUGAGCAACCCGAAACUGCAGUCCUGGAUGUCAUCACCUUCUUACAGAGACCAGUGGAGAGGAUUCAGACUUACCAGGCCUUGCUCAAGGUCAGUGCUCAUCAUCUGAUUCUAAGUGUCCAUGUUUAGACCUUUCUGAAGCCUUAAUCCACGUAUUUCUCCCUGUGUGUGUGUUGACAGGAGCUGAUCAAGAACAAGGCUAAGUGUGCGAAAAGCUGCCUUCUACUGGAGGAUGCCUUCUCCAUGGUGUCCUGUCUGCCCUGGCGCUCUGACAACCUACACCAGGUGUCUCUGAUUGAGAACUACCCUGCCCCACUCACUGCACUGGGAGAACCUGUCCGCCAGGUAACUCACCCCUCCUAAACCACAGGUUACCUCCAUAGAAUGUUUAGAGCAGGGUUUUUCAAUGUUAGUCCUGGAGGGCCUUAAGUAUAUUUAAAACCAAAUACUUUUAGACUUUUACUCAAGUAGGAUUUUACUGGGUGACUUUCACUUUUACUUGAGUCAUUUUCUAUUAAGGUAUCUUUACUUUUACUCAAGUAAGACAAUUGGGUACUUUUUCUACCACUGCCAGAAUUACUGUUUUACCUCAAUUAGCCACGAAAUCUCUAGUUUGAAAGUGACUGUUUUUCUGGAAGCUGUGCUGUGCCAUUUUCCCUAAAUUUUUCGCCCAUGUGGGCCAGCCCCCUAGCAAUUCGAGUUCUAGCCAAUGAGCUUCAGCCCCUCGCCAUUUGAGUGACAGCUAGCAAGAUGCACACACAGCAGAGCGAGAGAGAAAGCAAUGACGUGGUGCACAUCUGCACAUACAGUUGCAACCAAAUACUGUAUAUGGGCACCCUUGCACUUUUCUUGAAUAAUUCCCUCAUACUUCUAAAAUAAGUUGACAUUUUAACAAAACGUUUUGGUCACCACACCUUGUUAUAGGAAUUUUAACAUUGCAGAACCAAUUUUAUUUUUGUAAACUUAAAUGUACAUUAAUUAAUUGAGAAAAUAAAGACAAAUUAUUGGCACCCCGGAGCUAGUACUUGGUUGCAUAGCCUUUGGCCAAGAUAAUGGCAGACAAACACUUCUUGUAGCCAUCAAUGAGCUUGCUGCACCUUUCUACUGACAAUUUGGCCCACUUUUCAGCAGCAAACUGCUCAAAUUCUUUCAUGUUUGAGGGGUGCCCUCCACCAACUGCUGUUUUCAGAUCUCGCCAUAGCCACUCCAGAACAGUCCAGCAUCUCUUCUUAACCAUUCCUGGGUGUUUUAUGAUGUGUGUUUGGAGUUGUUGUCCUGCUUGGAAGACCCACAACCUUCAAUGGAGGCCCAGUCUUUGAACACUGGGUUCAACAUUGGACUCCAAAACACUUGAUAAUCUGCUGAUUUCAUGAUGCCUUGCGCACAUUCUAGGCCCCCAAUACCAUAGGCAGCAAAGCAACCCCACAGCAUUAUCAAACCUCCCCAAUGUUUGAUUAUAGGGAGGGUGUUCUUUUCAUUGAAUGCUUCAUUUGGUCGUCAGUAAACACAGCAUUGAUCUGUAUUGCCAAAAAACUCUAAUUUUGUUUUAUUGGUCCACAGAACAUUUCCCCCAGGAUUUAUGCUUGUUUAGGUGGGGUUUUGAGAAGUUCAAUCAGCCUUUCUUGGGGCUCCUUCAGCAGUAGGGUGAUCCUAUGUUUACCAAUGACCAAAGGAAGUGUGGAAGUUAUCAAAAAUAAAAUUGGUUCUGCAAUGUUGAAUGUUUUUUUCUUUCAGCUUCAAUUUAUUUUAGAAGAAAUAUGGAAUUAUUUAAGAAAAGUGCAAGGGUGCCAAUAUAUUUGGCCGCAACUGUUUGCGAUGUAGUACGCAAUUUUCGGGGACCACUUUUCACUCGUGAGCGCUACUUUCAGAACUACUGGCUAAAAAGUAUAUAAAAGUACAGGAUAAUCUCUUUAAUUACCAAGUCGAAACAAAAACCAGAGGUUUUUCGGUCCUCCAUGACCGGAAUUGAACAGCCCUGGUUUAGAGGAUGCCAACAUGUCUAAACUACCUGAGCUGUACUGUAACAAACAGUGGCAGUUGUUUCUCAGAUGCUGAUGGGGAUACAGCAUCAUUGAAAGUUGAAUGUCAAGGACAUAGCUUGAAAUGUGCCAUCUUGAUCUCACAUUGGUGCAGAAAUUGGCUUAUUCAUGUAAUUUCCUCAUCGAUAAUCCAGCUCCAACCUGAAGCUUUCAUACCACAUAUUUCCUCCUCCCAGGGUCCUUUCACUGUGUGGGAGGAGUCUCCCGAGAUCAAGACGUCCUCCAGGGGGCACCAGAGGCAGGUGUUCCUCUUCAAGGACUGUGUCUUGCUGUGUAAGCUCAAGAGAGACCCUGGCAUGAACACUGACACCUACGCCUUCAAGAACAAGAUGAAGGUAAAACCUGCCUCUUGACCUUUGCCCCAGUCAAUGUAAAUGUAUAGUCCAAUUCCCUGCGCCAAGCUUAUGUUAUCAACUGGGGUUCGAACCCAGGUCUCCUGUGAGCCACAAGAUUGUGUUAUCUCUUGGAGCUAAAACCUAAGCAUUAGCUUGGGGAGAUAACACAAGUGUUAAGGUUUUAGGCAAGGCUACUAAUCACAUGAGUAUGGUUUCCCCGAACCAUCUUCAUUACACAUAGAGUGCCUUCCUUGUAAUAUUAACUUCUCCCCCUCCCCAGCUGAAUGAUAUGGAGGUGAAGGAGACGGUGGGGGGAGAUGAUAAGUCGUGGGGGCUGUGGCACGAGCACCGAGGCUCAGUGAGGAGGUACACACUGCAGGGUCGCUCUGCCCUUCUCAAGCUGUCCUGGCUCAAAGACCUGAGAGAGCUGCAGCAACGCUCCAGCCUGACUGCCAGCAGUGAGUUCCUCUAUGACUGUCUUUUGGCACUAUCCAUUGUUAAGUUUGUCUAGUAUACAAUCUUAGAAAAAAGGGUUCCAAAGGGGUUCUUCGGCUGUCCCCAUAUGAGAACACUUUUUGGUUCCAGGUAAAACCCUUUGGUUCCCCUCUGGGGAAAGGGUUCUACAUGGAACUCAAAAUGGUUCUACUUGGGGAGAGCCGAAGGGUUCUUCUAUGGGGAGAGCCGAAGAACCCUUUCAGGUUCUAGAUAGCACCUUUUUUUCUAAGAGUGUACUAACACUGGCUUUGUCCUCUGUUAACUCUGUCCAGCAUGAACUCUAUCCAAUGUUGGAUCUGGGCAGCAGUAGAUGUAUUUUUCCUCAUCUCUUCCCAUUAUUAAAGUAGUCAUGUGUAUGUUUCUGUAGGUCCACCAGAGUUUGAAGUUCUCCUGGCUGACUGCACCACAAAGAUUGGGCAAACAAUCAAACUGGCCUGCAAAGUCACAGGAACACCAAAACCAGUGGUCAGCUGGUUCAAAGGUAUACAAACCAGAUAGCUUGCAUAGGGUUUGUUCUUUUUUAGUUGUUUAUAGCAAAUAGUUCAACCAAAUAGAUUUGAGCUUUAGACUAGUUAGCCAGCCAUUAGGGAGUAGUAUGGGAGUUCAGGGAGUACAACCUUGUGCACCAUAUUUAGCGAGCAGAAUAAGGUAUGUCCUGCUCUUUAACAGCAGUACGGUCUCUGACAAUCUGAUAUGACAUCACUUCCCUAGACGGCCUGGCCCUAGAGGACGGCCCCCACCACAUCAUCACUGCAGACCGGGCAGGCACCUGCUGUCUCAUCCUGGAUGGGGUCAGUCCUGAGGACUCUGGACAGUACGUGUGCUACGCUUCCAGCUCUGUGGGCCAUGCUAGCACACUGGCCAAGAUAGUGGUGGAUGGUGAGUCUAUGGUCACUUACAGUAGCUCUGGUGCUGAACUAAACAACCACAGUCAGGGACCACUCACUGUAUGCAUUUCAUGUUAAUGAAUAUUAGGGCUAAAAUACACUAAAAUACAAAAAAAAUACACAUAUGAUUGUACUCUCUAACAUGUUACAGUAUACUCCACGGCAUAUUGUGCAAAGGUCAUGCGUAGAGUGAAUGAACUCAUUAUUUCCUGUCCUACAGCACCCCCCAGGUUCAUUACCAGGCUGCAGAGUGCAUGUCUGCUGGAGGGAGAGGACAUCCAGUUUACCUGCUCCACACACAGUUAUCCUUUACCCCGAGUCAGGUAUGGUAUAGUAAACUGCACUGGAUUUACUGGAUCCCCCUACAAUGUCAUGGGAACCUGGCUAGUCCCUGCUUGAAUCCCAUUAAGAUCCACCCACGUGUUGUUAUUUGGUUGUGUGCCCUGGCAUGUUUAUGACAGUUGGUUUAAGGAUGGCAGAGAGCUGACAGACCAGAGGAAGUACCACAUAGAGAGUGAUGCCCGCAGUGGGAUCCUCACGCUCACCAUCAUGAACCCUGGAGAGACAGACCUGGGACAGUAUGAGUGUGAGGUAGGCCUACAGUACAUGUAUUAUAUCCCUUUAUGUACUUCAUAUGUAAUAAUUCUUCCUAACAUACAGAUAAUAAUAAUACAUAGGAUUAAAGCGCCUUUCAAAAAAACCAAGGACUCUGUACAGCAAAGAGUGGAAAAACUAAAACAGGGAUUCAAUAAUUAAAAUGAAACAAAAGCUACUUAUCUUAAACAAGGGCUGAGUAAGGGGGCGAGCUAAGCUGAGGGAAAAGACAGACUGAACAAGUGGGUUUUGAGUCGGGCUUUGAAAGUGGUGAUGAAGUCAGAGUUGCGGGUGGCUGGGGUGAAAGAGUUCCAGAGUUUGGGGGCAGGGGCACUGAAUGCCCGGUCCCCAUUGUGCACAGUACAGGUAUAACAUUAAAGGUACAAUACACUGUUGCUUUUCUUUAUAGCAAUGCAUCCUAGGAGCUUUUGUGCACUGUUAUAAAAUAGUGCAUUUAAAAUGUGAAAUCUUGUUAUGUUUUAGCUGUGGAACAAGUUGGGCAGUGCCAAGAGUAAGGCAGAGAUGUGCUCCGCCUUUGCACAAGUGAUGGACAGUGAGCCUGACCAACCACAGGUCAUCUUGACCAAAGGUAGGAGAGUUCCCUCCACCAAAUCAAGGUAAAUGUCCACCUCAGAGUAAGGAAACAGGUUUUGAGAAGAAAGCUAUUGUAGAGAUGUUCAUCUUUAGUGUCCACAUGUUCUACACUAUAAGACAUGAUGACAGUCUAAUACAAUACAGGACAAGGCCACAUAGGUCUAACUCUUAUUGAUAUCUCAUGAGCGACAAGGAAAAAUAUUGUUCUAUCCCAGUUUUAUUCUGUGGACAAUACAAGCUUAGUGUUAACUGAAGAGGGAUUUGAAAAGCACAUGCCAUGGUCAUUUUGUUAGUUUCACCUCACUUCACUUUCACCUACUUUACCUUAAAUCACUUUACUUCACUUCACUUCACUUUAUCUCUGUUUUCACACUGUCAGUCAUCAUUGCCAUUCCUCAUGUUCAAUUUGGAUUGUCUCAUUACCUAGGUUACCCUUUCUCUCUCAUUUCAUUCCAAACACCCUUGAAACCAUAAACACUUCCAGUCGCCUACAUUAGCAAUGUAUAUGUACUAGUUGUACAUAUUCAUGAAAGACAUUGAUACACUUUAGUAUUGGAUGUUUUUGCUUGUGUUUUCAUCAUGUUUCCAUCUUUCAGAAAUGAAUAGCAUUGGAAAGGACCGGGUCAUUUCCUCCCAUUUGACUGAUCUUGAUGGAUUUCCAAAAGCUUUUCCAAACAGGAUAAAUAAGGGGCCAUAGCUCAUUUACAUCUAGGGGUAAAUGUCCUGGACUAAAAAGCACUUUCAAUAGACACUCUCCAUUGAUCUUGCUUUUUAGUCAAGGACUAGGCUUAAUCUGUGCCCGAUAACCGCACCUCAGAGUCCAUAUCAGGACCCGGAAAGUCGAUUGAUUACGACACAGCAGUAAAUCCUUGCUAUAUCCAUAUAUCUGACAAGUGUAUAUUUAAUCCAUCUCAAACACCUUCAACAAAACACAUGAAAUCACAUAGAGUACAUUUAUAUUUUCUGUAUUUCAAGGCUAGGCAGAUCAAAAUUAGUAACAAUUAUAAUAAUACAAUUAGAACACAGACAUUGCAAUAUCAAUCACUUUCCUUCAUGAGCUAUGAUUUCACCUCUAAGUAGUUUUCACUUUGGCUUUUGGACACCAGUUGAUCAUGUGAGUCAAUCCAUUCUCUGUAACCCUCCUGCUCUCCAUCCUCUGUAGUCCCCGAACAGGAAGUACCUCACAGAGCCUUCAUCAUGUUCACAGUAUCAUGGACCCAGUGCAUGUGGAUGGGUCCUCUCUCCUCUCCAAUGCAUGCCCAGUUAACUCUCCACAACUACCCAUACAAGAUGGUCAUGUGCUGGGCGUCAGGCGCCCCUUAUUCCCCCCUGGGGAGUGGGCAUGUGUCAUGUCCUGUUCAUGGGCUGAUUUACAAACUAUUGGGUGUCCUUCAAGUCUGGAGGUAAGACGUGCACUGGUUAUUAUGUUCCUGUGAGUCUGGAGGUAAGGGUACUGUACGUUCCUAAUAUUUGAUUUUAUCAUAUUUUUCACAUUCUACAUUUUUAAAUAGACAGUUGUUAAUGUCUCGACACGCUUUGCCUCGGUCACAAAUUAGCAUGGCUUCAAAAAAUAUAUAAUGUUUUAAGGCCAGCUAAUAUGAAGUAAUGAUUUUGGAUUAUGAGACCCUAACAGAACCUAAGAGCAUCUGUCAGUAUGAGAGUGGUGUCAUUGUGCUUCCAGACUCAGACUCAGAGGGCUGGUCCACAGCCAUGGUGAAGCAAUGGCUGCAGACAGACUUCCACCCCACCUCUAUCGUCAAAAUGCCCUUCCAGCCUGGAUACCCUCAGCCGUGAGUCUACCUGCCAGAACUGUGAUACAUUCAUCAUACUACUGCACCAUCUCUAUUUCUAUCCCAAUCUUUAUUUUCUCUACAGAGCCGAGGGUAGCCAAGAGGAAAGGGACCCUACCGCCAGUGACUACGUGGAGGUUCCACAGUUCCCCACUGAGCUUGAGGAGAGACCUGAGGUUGAGGAGGUACUUUAUGUUCCUGAGGCCAUAGAGGAAAUGCCAACAGGUACUGUACUGUGCAAUUGUGCAUACACACUGUAGUUCCUUAUUUUCUAAAAGAAAUGGCCACUGUGCCUAAAACAUGAAUAAUCUCACAAAAUGACCUCACUUCCUGUCUCCUCAGCUCCUCCCUCCAUCCAGGUGCCGGUAGAGGACCUGUGUGUGGAGCCUGGUCAAUCAGCUACCUUCACCAUCAUCAUCACAGGAAGGCCCACUCCCGAGAUUCAGUGGUACAAGGUAGGGAUGCUUCAAACCAAUGUACUUCCUCAAUCUAAGACCCAAUCAACUCUUUCACUGUUAUAAUUCACUUAAUACAAGCCUUCAUUAUGACAUUCCCCAUAACAUUUCAGCAUAUCUGACACCGGACAUACUGUAACUAACCAAAACAAUUAAUCAACUGAGCAGUACGAGCAUGGUAAUCGUUGGUGUCCUCCUCUACUGUUUGGCCCAUGUGCUGUCGUAGAAGCUGUACCUUAGUAAUGUCUCUCUCAUAUGAUUGGAGGAUGGAGAGGAGCUGUUGGCCAAUGAGAAUGUUGAGGUGGUCCAGAAUGGUGCCCGCUGCUCUCUGACUGUGCUGUGCCCGGAGAGCGAGGAUGGUGGCAUCUACACCUGCUGGGCCUAUAACGACUUAGGACACACCUCCUGUCAGGCUCAGCUCACAGUGGAGGAGGGUAAGGCCUUAGUACAUACCUAUGGUGUCUGUCAAAUGAAUCCCCCUUGUACAGUAGUGCACUACUUUUCUGUUCACUGUUCUAAUUGUUACUUUCAUUCAAACUAGCUGAUGCCAAACCUAUGACAGAUUUAACACAAAAUGAGCAUCCUAAGAUGAGCAUCCUAAUCCCAAGUCAACAUAUCAUCACAGAUGUGAUGUUCUCUGGCUGACUACAUGUGACUGCAUGGUCAUGAUCCUCUUUUCUGUAGGUCCACUGGAGUCGCAGGAGAGAGAGGUGGAGCUUGGGAAGAGGAGGAAGCUGCUGUCUGUGUAUGACGUCCAUGAGGAGAUUGGGAGGUAAGUACACAUUUAGUUGGGUAUCAUAUUUCACAUUGCAGCAGUCAGUCAAUCUGCAACUGUGGAGGUGACGCUCCCUUUAGCUGUGACGCUCCCUUUAGCUGUGUUCCAAUAAACUUUGUCUCUUCUCCCUGUGUCUGUAGAGGCACAUAUGGGGUGGUGAAGCGGGUUACCCACAGGAGGACUGGUGAGGACUUUGCCGCCAAGUUCCUGCCCCUGAGGAGCAGUACAAGGACCAGGGCAUUCCAGGAGAGGGACCUGCUCUCCCGGCUGGCCCACCCCAGGGUGGCCUGUCUGCUGGACUUCUUCUCUACACGCAGGACCCUGGUCCUGGUCACUGAAGUGUAUCCUUCCCCAUGACGCUUUUAGUCACUUCACUGAUGAAGACCUAAGAGUGGAAAUGUAGUGCUCAAUUUGAUCGAUGUUUAACACAGUACAUCAUUCUUAAUACCAUACAUAGCUGCUCUUCUCAUGGUCUUCUUGAUCAUUUGCUGUUGAAGGGAUCAGUCAGUGAGAGAGAGGUAAAACCUUAGAUAUUUUUACAGUAAACCCAACCUUGUUGAACUGUGUUUGAGUUGACCCCUGUUUUGCCUGAAUGCUAAGGCUAUUAUGACUGCCCCUAUGAUGUUUAUAAACUGCACCAUGCAUUCAUGGUACCAGGUGCAGAUGUACAUUCAGCAAAUCCUGGAGGGAGUUGGUCACAUCCACAGCAUGAACAUCCUACAUUUGGACAUCAAAGUAAGCUCUUCAUACAUUCAUAUUCCUAAAGCAGUUUGUAUAUUUAAUUUGAUUGUUUUGCAUUCAUUUAGGUUUGUGCACAUUGAAACAAUGCACAAUGGUCGAUCAUUUGAUGGACAGCUUAGUCAUGAAAUGAUAAAUUCCCUCACUCGCCAUCUGCCAUUGUAAUUAAUUCACACAGCCGGACAAUAUCCUGAUGGUGUUUCCACCCAGAGAGGAGAUCAAGAUCUGUGACUUUGGGUUCUGUCAGGAGAUAGACACUUCCAGACACCAGUAUAGCAAGUUUGGCACUCCUGAGUUUGUAGCCCCUGAGAUCAUACAUCAAGACCCUGUCACUAUAGCAAGUGAUAUCUGGUAAGCUAAACGUAUUAUCUGUUUUAGUACAUCUGUGCUACUGUAUGUGACAUUCCUGUCAUAUGAAGGGAAAAUGUGAUGAUAUAUCACUACAGAAAUGUCUUAUCUCUUCUUUGUCAGGUCUAUUGGUGUUGUGGCCUAUUUAUGGUAAGUACUUUAUGAUUUGUGAAUUUAAGAUUCAAUAUUAGAUAUUAGAGUCUCAUCUUUCAGUACAUUGACUGUUGAAAUCAUGUUGUGUCCUGGCAGUCUGAUGUGCCGCUGUCCGUUCAUGGGGGAGACGGACCGGGCCACUCUGCUGAGGGUGGGGGUGGGGACACUGAACUGGGACGCACCUGACCUCACCUACAGGAGCACCGGGGCCCAGGGCUUCCUCCGCACAGUCCUGCAGCCAGACCCAGAGUAAGAUACACAACCAUCGACAUUAAUAAAGAUUUUAUGAUCUCUUAUAUGGAUAUAACUCUAAAUGAUUUGUUCUCUCCUCAGAAAGCGACCAACUGCAUUUGAGUGUCUGGGGCAUGAAUGGUUCCAGGUAAGAAUUACAUACACAGUUUGUUUAUGUCUCAGCCGGGGUUGAUGGAGACAAAUAAAAUUACUUAAUCUUGUCUAACACAUUCUCUCUUGUUGAUUACGUUGUCAGAGCGAACAUGAGGAUGACACUGAUGAUAUCAAUACAAGGGCUCUGAAA